AGCAUAACAUUAAUAAAAAAGUAAAUCUUUGGUAAAUCCUUAUAACUUUGAUAUUUCAAAGUUUUCUUCAUUUUUUUUUUUAAUUUUUUGUGCUAGUAAAACAAAAAAAAAGUGAACAAAGAAAAAGUUUUUAUUAACCUAACAGACUCAACCUAUAAGUUUUCUGGAGUUAAAGCAGAGUACUGUUGUGGUAUAAAUAGACUUAUUUCUUAGUUACUACUAUACAUUUUUUCGAGUUCAAAUCUCUUCAAAGUUUGAGUAUAGAUUGUUAAAUAAUACCAUAGUUUCUCUACACAAAUAAUAUGGCCCCAAAUUUUUUUGGCACCACUUCAGGUGGAAUUUCACAAGGAUCUGAUACAAACUCUAACGAGAGUGCACAAUCGGGUAAAAUUACUUCAGCAUUACAAUCUUUCUCACAGACCUGGAUAGAGUGGACAACAAUAGUUUCUCAGCGACAUGGGUCAGUAAUAAAGUCUUUCUCACUGAGUUGGUCAGAAUGGAUGUUAGAAGUUUCUAAACAAAAACCUCAACUACCCGAACCUCCAAAUGAUGUGUUGAAAUUACAACAAUAUAUUGUCAAUAAUCAUGGAUGGUGGCCAAUUUUUGGCGGAGAGCCAAGGCUUAAAAGAAAACAUGGUGCUUCGACUUCAUUACACAUCUCAUCAAAAAAAACGCCCCAUAAUUUAAUACAUUAUGAGCUUCCAAAACGUCGGAAAAUUCAUAAUAAUUCACAUUUUUCGUCGCAAUUUUCAUGCAAAAACUAUCUUGCUGUUGAAUGGAUCCCUGAAGAAGAUUUUUUUCUAACGGCAAACCCACCAAGAACUACAACAUCGGCAUUGCCUCAAGAAAAUUUCGCUGCAGUUACUAGCAGAGUCUUAUUAGUACGCAGGUUGAAAGCAAAACAGGGAAAUUCUUUUAAGGGUGAUGCUGCCACGAGGUUUCGAAAAAGCGUUCUUACAAAAGAACAUAAUGCUACAAAAAAUUGGGGUACUUUAAAAUCCCUUGUUGAAACAUCAAAUAUAAAUCAUGCGAUUGAUGCAGAUGUGAUUGUAAAGCGACCAUGGAAAGAUGGGACAACAGAUCCCGUUAAAGGUACGCUUGAUGAACUCAAGCGGUUUCGACUUCAGCGUGCUGGGGAUUUGGGUCUUAUAGCUCUUUGUCUGUUAAAUUUUUUUUUCCUUUUUGUGGUUUUUGAUAUCUUCGAAUCAUAUUUUAUUCUUUUUUUAAUUUGCUCAACGGAUUAUAAUUUAAAUUGUAGGUUCGGUGUUCGACGCAACACGACCGGAUCGAGAGCUUUUGGAAAAAGCUCGUGAAAAUUAUCUUACUCAUAAAGGCAAAUGUCGACCCAUAUAUGUACCUCCAGUGAGAAAGGUUGGACCCCCGCCUCCACCCCCCAUAAAUACUAAAAUUGAGACAUCUAUGUUUGGAGUUAACUCUUCGAAUCUAAAUACAGAUCAUCAGAGUUUAAUUUCUGAGAUGGAAUUGGUUUUAAUUCCGAAUGAUUUUGAGUCUGAUGACGUUACUGUUGAUAAUCGAGAUAACCGAGAUUCUACUAUUACAUCUUCUAAUUAGACCUAUAUUAUAAGAUUCAGUAAAAAGCCUAGAAUGUGACACAAAAUGUUUCCUGAGUAUAAUUUAAGUUAUACCUUACUCUUUUAUAGUAAUAUAAAGAUUCCUUGGAAUGUUCUAUUUCUCUAGGUUUUUUUUUUUAAAAAAAAAAAUU